AUGACGAAGUUUGAUGGCAAUAAAGUACUUCUUCAACAGCUGCAGAACUAUCGAAACUCAGAAAAGAUCGCGUACCACGGAGUUGGCUUGUCGGAAGGUAAUAGAUCGAUAUUGCAUUGUGAAUAAUGCAUCGAGUACAAUCGAGGAAAAUAUAUCCAGAUCACGUAUUUUUGAGCCGUGCUUGCAGCAGAAAGGCUCGCUCCUUGCAAUAUUCAUGACUUGGCGACCGAACCGAGGACUCGUCUACGGCAAAGGGCUGAAGAUGGAGACUGUCAAACGAUGGCAUCCAAAGACUAGUCUACACGGCUCCAAAACCGAGAUCAUCAUCAUCAUCAUCACCAUCACCGCCGUGAAAACUUCAAAUCUCAAACAGCAUAAUACACGUGCUUCAUCAACACUCAUUCAUCUACACAGCGCCGUUUACAACGGCAACUGGUCCGACGCAAUAGUUCAGCGGGGUUACAUAACUGCACUGCAGAACGGACGGAACCACGGCGAUAACGACCUCAAUGCUUCCUCUGAUCGAACUUUCCCGGGCAUAAGCCAGCCAGCCACCUGAACAACGUGAACCGAGACAGUUUAUGCGACCGAAACCUGUCCGCGCGACACCUCGACUCGAUUCGACAUUCUUAAAGUUUAUUACAAAGCACAGAACUACAUAGUUUCACUCUACGACCAUCUUCCAUGAAACUGGUUGUCUCAUAAGUUGUUGUUAAAUGUUUUUAUUCGUCUG